AUGAGUGUCGCAAUUCGACACGUCUGGAUAAUCCAGCUGCCCAUAACAGGAGUCAAAAAGGCAACUAUACUUUUCAGCAGGAAGUUUCCUAGUGUUGAAAAAAGAUCGAAAUUGACUCAUGGAGAAGCAUACAUACCAGUACCGCAGGCGUCAGACAUGCUUCAGUUGUUGGUUCAGGAGAUUUCCCAGACCUACAAUGCCACACAGUUUAUACCCAGUAGAGACCGGUGUGACCUGCCUAUCCAGAAGCCAGUUCAUAGAAUUUUUACAGAUGGGGGUGUUUUAUGGCCUGUGGUUGCCAUUGAGAAGAAUGGUUUACUGCUUUGCUGCAUGCCUCUGGUUGAAGGGACUGAUCACAUCACUGACAAUGCUAGCAUCCCAGUCAUAAAUAUUCCCUCCAUACCACUUGGUGUUUCACUGCUGGAGACGCUGGCUGAGUAUUUGAAAGUAUCUAAACUUGAGAUGCCAAAUAGACUUUUGGAGUUACCAUCAUUCAUAAAUGAGGUUGCACCAUUCGGCUUGGUGAGAGAUGGUUCUGUAGACAAUCUCUGUGCCCGCCUGGCCAACAAACCCUGUAUGGUGACCAAAUCCCACAAGGUAGCAGCAUGGAGGUCUGCAGGCUACAAGGGGAAGUCAUCCUUGCAAGUUUGUGUCACCGAGUACAUCAAUGCCUCCCAGUGUGCACAAGAAACCUGGCAAGACAUUUCUCAGGUGUAUGGAGAGGUGACCUGCAAGGCUGAGUUUGAAGGUGCUGGAGUCAACAUAACACUGAACAUUGCCAACCAAGGAGACGGCCUGAGCAUACCCCUGGAUAUGCUGACUGUGCACCCUUGUAUGGAGAGAGCUGAUUGGCAGGAUCAUGAUCUAGCAAAUGCAACUUCUCACAGUGCAUCUCGAAGAGUGAGAUUCUCUCCCCCUUUGGAACAUUUUACUUUAUGUACUUACACAGUCAAACGUCUCUUGGAGCUGCCAAUAUUUGGAGUAUAUCAUUUGAAACUGGAUGAUACAAAAGCUUCUAUAACAGUACAGCUGAAACUGAAUGAUCAAAUAAAGAACAACUUUGAAGUUUGUGAAUUGCACAUCCCAUUUUACACAAGAGACAAGAUAUCAAAUGUGGAUGGAACACCGACACAAGGCUCAGUGUCUUUGUCCUCCAGCAAGAAAGUGUUAAUUUGGAACAUAGGUCAAAAGUUCACUAGCAAGGACCAACAGGCCUCGUUGGCAGCAACAGUUACUUUUGCUAGUGCUGACCAGGGACUACCAGCGCCAUCAGUGGAAGAUGCUUUCUGUAGGGGAAAUAACUCUUAUGCGCAGUUAAAUUUCAAAAUUCAAGACUUUACCAUGUCAGGCUGUUGGAUUGAUCCUAAAUCUAUACAAGUCUCGCCAUCAACUAAAUUCAAGCUACAGCUCAAUCGUGAAUAUCUUUCUGUGGACUACAAAAUUUGGAACUCUGGAGGAGAAGCUUUGACGACACAGGCAGUACAUGAGGUUUAA